AUGGAGUCACCCUUCUUUGACGCCGAGUCUCAACCCAAGCCCGCGAGCUUCAAGGGCCAACUUCAAAUGCAGAACUUCAUGUUCACACCGACAACCGCGGCACCCAACAAUGAUCCAGCCGCGGCUGCUUCUGUCAUCGAGUCUGCUCCGUCCCCUCGUCCGUUACCCCGGCCGCCACUCCGUCGCAGUUCGCGGAAGCAGACUCCACUCGGCCCCGUUCCCUCUCGGAACCGAAUCACCAAAAACACCACCGGCACCCGUGGUCCCGAAUCCACUUCGUCGAAAUUCAACAGAUCCUCCUCAGUUUUCGUCUCUCCCAAAGUUGAGCUUCCAGAAGACUCGCAGGACGUAUUGUCCAUCAUCCCAAACAACCAACCAAGCCCAACGCCAAAAGCAAAACCAAAACGCAAGCGCAAGGCCGCCGCAGGCUACGCGCCGCCCUCAACCUACGCCCACCUCCCCCACCUAACCGACAUUCUCGCCCCGGACCUGCUCAUCCUCUUCGUCGGCCUCAACCCGGGCCUCCGCACCGCGGCCCUUGGCCACGUCUACGCCCACCCCUCGAACCUUUUCUGGAAACUGCUCUUCUCCUCGGGCAUCACACCCCGCCUGUGCCACCCGACAGAGGACCGCGAGUUGCCGCGGCUCUUCGGGCUGGGUAACACCAACAUUGUUGCUCGCCCCAGCCGCAACGGCGCCGAGCUGUCCAAGGCGGAGAUGGACGAGGGCGUCGGGGUCCUCGAGGACAAAGUCAGGGGUUGCAGGCCCGAGGUGGUCUGCCUCGUGGGUAAGUCCAUCUGGGAGAGCGUCUGGCGGGUGAGGCACGGGAGGGGGAUCAAGAAGGAGGAGUUCUGGUACGGUUGGCAGGACGAGAGCGAGAACAUGGGUGUCGUUGUGAAGGAGGAGGGUGCCGGGGCUUCUGAGGCGUGGGCCGGCGCCAAGCUCUUCGUUGCUACGAGCACAAGCGGUCUCGCUGCCACGCUCCGCCCAGCUGAGAAGGAGAAGAUUUGGCGGGAGCUAGGUGUUUGGUGUGAACAAAGGCGCGCUGAGAGAGAGGCACAGGUGCUUGAGGGAACGGUCAGAAGCACUACCGCGGGCUGA